ACUUGACUAAUGUUUUUGUUUGCAUCUUUCCAGAGGGUGGCGGGUAUAGGCAGGGCGCGCGCGGCGCGGUGGGACGCUGCCCGCGGCAGGUGACCGACGGUUCGCGCGGCUCAUGUGGGCAGCGGGCGCGUGCUGCUCGCGCCAGGCAGGUGAUUGGCAGCUAGCAGGCACUCAUGCGUGACGGAGUGACUAACCGAAGCGGCGUGGCAGGCGACGGCGGCACGGCCGCGGCGGCGCGCACGCCGGUGAAGACCUUCCAAGCGUACCUGCCGCCCGCGCACCGCACCUACAGCUGCAUCCACUGCCGCGCGCACCUGGCCAGCCAUGACGAGCUUAUAUCUAAGUCGUUCCAAGGCAGCCAGGGGCGCGCAUAUCUCUUCAAUUCAGUUGUGAACGUGGGGUGCGGGCAGGCGGAGGAGCGGGUGCUGCUGACGGGCCUGCACGCGGUGGCCGACAUCUACUGCGAGUGCUGCAAGACCAUGCUGGGCUGGAAAUAUGAGCACGCGUUCGAAUCGAGCCAAAAAUACAAGGAGGGGAAGUUCAUAAUCGAGUUGGCUCACAUGGUGAAAGAGAACGGCUGGGACUAGGAAAGGGAGGCGCGGGCCGUCGCCUGCGAACAACUCGCGGACGGCGGCGCGCGCUGACUCGCCAUCUCGCUCGCACGCCUCGGGAGCCUCGCUCCGUCCUUGUCUAGCGCGCCCAUCGCGGACAGCGGGGCGCGCCGACUCGCCAUCUCGCUCGCACCCCUCGGGAGCCUCUUUCUCUGUGUAACGCACGAGCGAGUAACGAGAGGUGGUGAAAUUCGACAUCUUUUAAGCAAAGAAUAAUCUAGAAGCAACUCCUUCGAACGUUUCUACCUGCCGUCGUACUUCUGCCGAUAUAGGUAAUUCUAGACAGACUCAAGUGCCGUUGUGAUACAGACUGGUAAUAUGUGGGUGGUAAAGCCGAUUAUGACGCGCAGUGCGGACUUCUUGUGCAACGGUGAAUACUUAGGACGGAUAUACACCGCGAGUGUUCUCGGCUUUGAAGCGGCGGGUGGAGUCCAGAUGGAAGAUUUGCGAGCGUUUUUGGGUUCAUCGAUCCGUGGAUUGUUGUUAGGUUUAUACUCAGCCUUAUGAUUGCGGAAUGGAGGACUGUUACCCCGCGUUUAUGUGAAAAAGCCCUUCCUGAUAGAGUGACGACGGCUGACGACUCGCGACCGAUGUCUAGAUUGAUCACCGGAAGACAGAGGACGUACUCUUAGAAUUAACCCGGAGUAUCGUAAAAUUCAUGGUAUCAUGUCCUAACUACUAAACUAUGUAAUUUAGAUCAAUAUGGACGACGAUGACGAUCACGAUAUAUCGAUAAAUUAGUCUUUGAGAGUAGGGUCAUGUUCCGAUCAUAAAUGACGAAAUGCCGUGAAUUAUGUUGAGCCGCGUUGACACGAUUAGAAUACGUAGAUUCUUUACGAGUAUGCAAUGUUUAAUUAACAUAAUUUUCUCACUAUUCCUGUUCUACAACUCGUUACAGUAAAAGGCGAUCCGAGUGUAUACAAUUAAUAUCGCCCCAACAGAAAUUGCAGUCGCGUACAGUACUAUUCAAUCUUUAUGGUGGUUGUAAAGUUAGCAAAGAGCGAAACAUGCGCACGCGCUUACUUGCACUAGCUUCACUACAGUCAAUAAACUUGCAUCGUAUUGUUUUUUGAUCGUGUCAAGGCGACUUUGGGCGCGCGAAUCGGUCAGCGCCGAUUAUUAAAUGUGACUAUUUUUAUCGUAAUAUGAAUUAUUAAUGGGAGAUCGGCGUCGACCGAUUCGGGCUGCUACAAUAUUAUCCAUACACAUAGAGAAUGGACUAAACGUUCCUUUACCAACUAUAAUAUAUAACUGGGCAGAUAAAUUUUCAAAGAGACGAAGCGAUGUAUUGAAUGUCUUUUCUCUCUUUCUAGAGAGUUGUCUAUUUCAUGCGACAGUCGCUUAGUUCAUUCUGUAUGAUAAUGAUUUACGUCAGAUUCGUCCAUUGGGAAGGGGAAUAAAUACGCGUGUGGAAAAUGAAAGUUGGGUCUUUGACACAUACAUGGGCGUACCCUCGGUGGGGCAGGGUGGGGCAAGUGCCUGUACUAAAACUAUAUGAUUUUGGAAAGUUUGACACAUUAAGAACUUGGAGGCUAAAAAUUUAUAUAUAUUUAAUAUGUAAGCGGGUAAAAAGAGAAAUGGGAUGGUUAACUAAAAGUGAUUUUGAAAACGAAAUUUAACAGAUUUUUGUCGUUGAGAAGUUUGACGACACGAGAUAUUUAGUAGUGGUUUUGAUGUAAGUGAUAUACCGUUCGAAUGUGCUCAAAUUUUGAACUAAUUCCAUGAUUUAUUUUGGGUUACUAAAGGCCGCUUAUUAAAUUUCUGCCAACAAAUCAAUUAACAAAAUAGUUUUUUUCUUACAACACGUUGAGUUUUGUUACAUUUGCCCUAUCUGCUAGGCCCAAUGCCUGGAUACGCCCAUACAUAUCUUAAGGCGAGGCGACAUCGCGUAGUCGGCUUAGCUUAGCACCGCCAGUCAACGUAACCUUAAUGUUAUACAUAAGUCGAUCUCACCCGCCUCCGUAAGAGGCAAUGGGUUUAGAAUUAAUUGAUUACUAUAUAAUUUUGGGUAAAAAUAUGAUUUCCGCCGCGACUACGACGGACAAAAGUAAUGGUACAUCGUGUAAGUUGUCUUAGUUUUUACAAUUAUAUUAAAACUAUGCAUCGUACUGUAUUAAGAGAACACUAAUAUUUUCUCUUGUCCCCUUUAACCUGUGAUAAGUAUGUUAGUAUAGAACUUUUGGAUUUCUUGAACGAUCAUUUCGAGAUUUUGCUCAGAUGAUGUUAUUGGUCAGAUGUAUGUUCCUAAUAAUUUCAGCUGUACAAUUUGCUUGUGUUUUUUUUUAUAUAAUAUUUUUUUUUAUUUUAGUUUUGUGAGGUAACUAGUCGACGAGUUUCCGAAUGCACUGGAGGGAUCAUUUAACUUUGCGCCUGAUUUAGUGAAUUUAUUUUUAGUUUUAAUCUUUUGUUUCGAUUGUUUGCUCGUCUGACUUUUUGUCUCGUAGAAGGAGGUACAGUUUACUAAUUGAAAAAAAAAUGUUUAGUUAAAAUUUAAUUAUGCGAGUAGAUAAGUUCGUAGAGAAAGAGAGAGAAAAAGUUAAGAAGAAAAGUUCAGCAGUUUUAUUAUUCAUUUAUUGUUUCCAUUAAAAUGUGUACCCUAUCUACUACUGAAUUAGUGUCAUUUAUAUCUGUAUCAUUUAACACGUGCGGUGCAGUCGACACAUUUGUGUUAUCAUGAACGUACAAAUACCUCCAAUCGCAUUUUCAACUUUAGUUAUCCGACAUAAAGGUUGAUAUCGAUUGGUGGGAUGCGUGACUUGUUGACUGUGCUUCAAUUUGUAAUCGUAUUCGUGGAUUAUUGUUAAGUAACCGCAUGAGCUUCGAGUCGUAGUACUAUUUAUUAUACUUCGGAACUAUAGAAUGGAUAUGCGCUCCCGGUAAGGUUGCUUUUGCUAGAGAAUAUACGUUAUUCUUUUUGACAGAAUGACGUAAUAAAAAUAGCCUGCCGGGAGUCGCACUGGCUUGUUUUGGCACGUCCAUACACGUGUACUAGUUAUUGAAGUAUGUGAGUACAGUCGGAGAUAUUUGUAAUCUGCCACUUUUAAGCCUCUAGGCGUAGUUACUGUCGGUUGUUAUAGAUUAAAUUGGUCUUUUAGACUGAGUGUAAAUUCAAGGGGUCCUUUAAAAGAGGCAUUUAAAAGAAGCAACAUGCAAGCCGGCUAGGUGUAGAUGGCUGAUGUGGCAGGUAGAACUGCUGUACCAGUUAUCUCCACGUCUGGACUUCACCGUCACUUAACAUCAGGUGCGGUGGAGUCAUUUGUCGGACCUAUCUAUAAAGAAUAAGCAUUCUGACAUGACUCCACUGCCAGUUGUCUUUUGUUUCAUGGCUAUUCUAAUAAUAAGUGUAAAAACCAAACUACCUACCUAGUUGAAAAGGUGCAGAUCGCAAACUUCUUUGACUGUACACUAUUAUUCUGUACGCAACAACUUCUGCCGUCGCAUACACCAUUGUAUCAAGAGCGUUAUAACUGCCAUUAGUAAUAUACAUACGUUUGUAAUAUACAUAAACUUAAUGUUAAUGAAUACAAAUUCAAACUAAACGACGCGCGUUCGAUGUUAAAUAUAAAAAUAUAUAUAUAACAUUAUUUUUACAAUAACUGAAAUUUUAAAUUGCUACACACUAGUAUGUACCAAUCGUUUAGUGUUAAGACGUUGACGUUUUUGGAAUUUGUUGUGAUCACACCGGGAAGAUGAUGUCAUUGAUUUGUUUGACAUUUUCAAUCACCAUGUAUGUUCAAUCAUUAUUUUUUACUGUUGAUCGGGAAGGCAGCAGGACAAUUUAAAUAACAGCCUAAUUACUUUGACAAACAGCUCAUAUCAAUGCAGCGAGAACGCAUUUUGGAAAACCAGCCAAAAAUGGAAUUCCACUUCGUAAACUGUACCAAGGUUCAUAUUGCUCGCUAUUACUCCGACCUUUAAUUUGCUUCUUGAUAUAUCUCUUAAGUAGGUAUAUAGUUUCUUAAGCAAGCAUUACCAAUCAAUUGCAUGGAACUAUCCUCCAUUAUCACUAUCAGACAGUCUAAAUACCUAUUCGCACCACGAAUAUAGCUCUUAUUGCUAUUAGCAAUAAAGGCGCUAUCAAUGUCGAAUUGAAUCCAUUGAAGACCAGGCGUUGGUUGUACAUGUUUGUCACCGUCACGAACUCAUAAGAUCUUAAUGUGGGUACUUACAUUUUAAACUGUCGAGAAAUCUGCGAGUCAUCUUCGAGGGCCAUCUAUAGCAUAUUUCUGACGAGAAAAAUAAAAAAUAAGUAAUGGCACCACUAACUUAUUGCCUUUCGUCGUUUGCUAUGGGGCCGUCCAUUAAUUACUGGAUGAUUGAUUUUGGCAUUUUUAACCCCCCCGUGAUCCCCCUUGGUGACACAUGGUGAGGUUAAAGAUUACCCCCUCCGUAUAUCACGUGUAUUUUCUAGUACCUACGAAAUAUUUAUAAAAUUCAUGUAUAAGUAUCAUCUUACUUUAUUAUCGAAAGUAAAAGACUACAAUAAUAACGUUUAGAGGUAGACAGAAAAGUUGCAGGUGUUCUUUUUGACUGACAUAAAUAUAAUGAAAAAAACCGUAAAAAACUUUUUUGUACUAAGACAUGAACAUUAUUUAAUGUACAGUAUCCUCGGACCAUGGAAAUGCACGUGAUAUAACCUAACCUAACCAAUGCUGUCAUUUUACUUGACUAUUCAUAUUUGUAAACUUGGCAGCAGUCUGUUCUUAUCAUGCUUUAUAAGGAACUAGCUGUGCCCCGCGGUGUAUUAGGGAUACUUUCCCGCAGUAAAACGUAGCCAAUGUGUUAAUCCAGGGUGUGAGCUAACUCCAUACCAAAUUUUAUCAAAAUCGCUCCAGGCGUUUAGACGUGAAGAAGUUACAAGCAUACAUACUCACAAACUUUCGCCUUUAUAAUAUUAGUGUGAUGAAUAAUAGCACAGACUUAUGUCAAUAUUGCAAAUAGCAAACACGAAUAGUCAAGUGAAGUUCCGACAUCAGUGUGAUGUUCACGCGUUACUUAUUUUUUAUAUAACAAUAUAUAGGAAACUAUUAAAAUGGUUUAUUAAUUUGUCAAAUAUUAUGUACCUACAGUAGAAAUUUUGGGCGUUAAUCGUUUGGACUCAAUAUCUACAGUUAUCUCCAAUUGAUCUCAAGCGAUUAUUACCCUAAAUCAAUUACCGUUUUAAUAUGAAUGAAUUAUAUAUUUUUUAUUGGCACUAAGAAAUCAUUAUUUUUAUUUAUCAACUCAACAGUAAGUCCACAUUUGUACCGUGAUACAACCUAACACCAAAACAUUUUAGAAGUUUUUAAUAUGUUAAUAUUGUUUUUAAAUCCAAUAUACCAGCGAAGUGCGAUUUUAAUUAUAAUAGUUGCGAGUACGGAGGGGUACUCCAAAAAGUAGUAGGUAGCAAAAAGGAACUGAAAAAUAAAGAUGAAUUUUUAACUCAUAUAAAAUAGUAGUCAAAUUUAAUGAAAUCAAUAGGCACAUAUUUGUGAAAAAGUAAUUUUACUUUUCUUUUACUGUUUUUUGGGGUACCCAAACCGGGCCAUAGACUACACUUAUUUCCAGUCGAUUGUAAAUUUAUAAAAACAAAUCGAUCGUACAUUUUUCAAGAGAGUGACAGUAUGAAUUACGAAACGUACCUAUUCAAUGUACAGACACCAACACAUCAAGUUACCAUAAAAUUUCAUAUUUUAUAAAUAAUUUAUGAAUCGUGAUCCAGCAGUAUAGUUUAAAAAAAUGAGUAAAUUUAGGGGUAUCUUGGUAUGUUUGUGGCUGCCUGUAUUAAGUGCAGUCUAGGCUACGCAGUGGAUAUGCUUGCGCCACGAAUAUCACAUUUACUGCUACGUAAUAAGGGUGCUGUCAAUGUCGAACUGUAUCCACCUACAAUGAGGCCUUGUUGUAAAGUUUUGAUAGUUUUCGAAAAGCUUCGAUUUGACAGCAGCGCUGUAGUUUCCGCUAGAGGCGCUGCUGUCAAAUCUAUGAUAGGAAAAGGUCUAUCCUGAUUUUCUAAUUUCGAUGGAAUACUUUGGAAACUCAUACUCUAGUCUAGAUACCUACUCUAUUUUUAAAACUCACCUGAAUUACAUCAAAAUUUAGAAAAAUUAAAAGAGUGACUAUAGCGUAGCAGAUUCGUCGCGUUUCGUUUUAAAAUAUCAAGUAGUGAGUUAUUUAAAAUCGUUGCAAGUUCACUUAACUGUUUUAUGUAAUCGUAUUAACUGUUUGUCAUAGGGUUAACAUAACACGUUAAUAAUAUUUCAGGUGCACAAUGUUCCAUGAAAAUAAUAACUUCGGCAGCUAUACAACCCCAUAAUAGGAUAAAACACUAUUUUUAGAUCUCUAAUAUAAGUCCAGCAAGGUGUCAUGUUGUUUGACAACAAUGAAUUCUAAAGAUACAAUCGAUUACAUUAAGUAAUACGGUAAUUAAAAUAUUUUCAUGAUGAACAUUAUGCAGCGUUAUAUCGAAUAUUAUCGAGAUUGUCACAGUAGUUUAGAUUUAACACUCUUAGACCUACAAUAAUUUCAUCUUGAUCUUUGACGCCGUUCGAUAACUAAGGAAAUAAUUAAAACGAAACUCUAUUAUUAAAAGUGAGAAAUAAAAUUAAAAAAAAAGCUAGAUUUCUGUGAGGCAUAAUUAUUAAAAGUAUUUUUCUACUUGAUCGUUUAGGGAUGCUAUUAGAUAUUUUUGGACCAUUGUUAAGAUAAAAAAAUAUGAUCAGUAUUUGUGGAGUGAUGAUAAGAUUGUUCUUAGUUUAUUUGUGAAUGUUGUAAGAUGUGUUCGUGUCGAAAUUAGAGAUAUAAACGCUUCCCUAGCUCUGUGACCGUGCACCUCGCCUUUCGGAAUGUUGGUGCCCCUACUUACAACACUCGUGGCUCCCGGAAACACCAAUUCCUAUUAAAAUACCAAUUUACUUAAUUCACAGGAUACAAAUCUAUAUUUUUCAGCAUAUUUGACAAUACGAUAAUAAAUAUAUAGAUUUAAUAUAUAAUGUAGAUUUGAAAUCAAUGAAAGGAAGAAUUAAUUUCCAUCAACUGAUUGUCGUUGUGGAUCAAUUUUCUGUGGAUAUUUAAAUGAAUUUUAUAUUAAUAUCACUUUCUUAAUUUCGGAGAGCAACAACUUUAUAAUCAUUUAUCAAGACACAUAAAUCCAUUAAUUCCAUUAAGUUACAAAAAAACUUCUUAGUUCAGAGACGACGAUUUUGCAAGUUCGAUCAAAGUUGACGAUGUAACUUUCUUCGCGACACUAACAAUAAAUUUAAUUAAAGUCUCUGUACACGGCCGUUGAGGUUAAGAGAAUUAAAAUAACAAGUGGUGCCAGCUUAUAAUCCAAAUAGCUUGCAAGAGCGAAACCAACAAUCCGAAAGGCAACCACACCCAUACACUUCAAAAUCACAACUCGCCUAGGAUAUUUCUAAAAGGCUUACCACGUUCACAUGACAUUCCAUUUGUUAAUAAAAACGGUAAAAAUGUUCUGGCUACGCACAAACUAAGCUUGUUAAGGUCUAAUUAAAAAAUAUGUAUUACCUAGUACGUAUCUGUUAAACAUAGGAACCGGGCUAUUUAAUGCCUUACUAGUAAUGAUAUAAGAUUUGUUUUUCCUCGUCUUUAUGUCCCAUCAUAGUUUGAAUAGCAUUAAAAAUCUUAGAAUUUCAUUAGUGUAUCAAUCAAAAACGAAACUUUGUUGAAUAUAAAUAAAAUAACUUUUUCUCUAAAUUUAUGGUAAUUCUAAGAUAAUUUAACGCUGUAUAGUUGUAAUUAUUGGUUACUAGAGUUCCCUGCAAUGAAUUUACUGUAUUAUCUGAUUGGUGUGAAGCCUUUUAGAGAUAUUUGACUAAAAGGUCUCGGAGUGUUAACUAUGACCAAGUCAGCGUAUAUACAUACAUAUAAUGUGUUUAACGCUGCAUUUCGUGUGUACUAAACGCGUACAUUUCGCAUUAUAUAAAAAAAAGAUUCUGGUAGGUAUUUACCAAGGAACCGCUUAAUAUUUUUGUAUUUUCCUAGUAUGUAACGAAGCAUUAUAAAUUUUGUGGUGUCUUCUAAUGAUUGUGUAUGCAUUAUGCUAUAGAUGAAUAUUUCGUAAACAUUUGGUUGGAAUAAUAAGUGCGUAAUAAAACACUUUUUCG